GAGUAAAGGGCAGGAGCCCGCCACUAUAAAACGGACGUCAUAUCCAGCUCCGGCUUUUGUGAAAAUCUGUGCCUGGGUAGGCUGCUCUGUCACUGUCAGGCGCACCAUUGAGAUGAACUUUCCCAGACUCCCGCCCUUGCAGUUGAAGAGGCUUCCUUCUUUCUGCCGGCAACUAUACAAUCCCAACAUUAUCUUUCAUUCUUCUCUUUCCCCUGAGUCACCUUGUGUUGUGCUAUUGGACCUUGGCUCCAUACAACAUGGCGAUUAAUGCUUGGCUAAUUGUACUCUUACUCAUUUCUGGAGUCAUUUUAUGUCAUCAGGAUGAAGCGGUUCCGAAAAAAAUAGCUAUAAUAGGAGCAGGAGUUGGAGGAUCUUCAUCUGCUUAUUUCCUUAGGCAGAAGUUUGGUCACAAUGUUGGAAUUGAUGUCUAUGAAAAAGGUGCUAUUGGAGGUCGGCUGGCUACUAUUACUGUAAAUGGUCAACAUUAUGAAAUUGGUGGCUCUGCCAUUCACCCACUCAAUCUCCAUAUGCAAGAAUUUGUUAAACAGUUAGGACUAAAGCACAGAAAAAGCGUUCCAGAGAAAGUGGCAAUCUUCAAUGGGGAGCAGUUUGUGUUUGAAGAAACUGACUGGUAUCUCCAGGACCUGUUUAAACUGUGGUGGCGGUAUGGGUUUGGUUUACUCCGCUUGCAGAUGUGGGUAGAAGAAAUAUUCGAAAAGUUUAUGAGGAUUUACAAGUAUCAAGCUCAUGGCUAUGCAUUCAGUACAGUGGAAGAGAUGUUGCAAUCAUUGGGUGGCGAACGUUACAUUAAUCUGACACAGCGCUCUGUGACAGAGACCCUGCAGGAACUGGGAAUCACUCAGCGCUUCAUUGAUGAAAUAGUUACUGCGGUUACCAGAGUCAACUAUGGCCAAUCCGCAUCCAUUCCGGCAUUUGUUGGAGCAGUAGCGUUCGCAGGCAUACAGUCUGGCCUCUGGGCUGUGGAAGGAGGGAAUAAACUGGUUUGCUCACAGAUGCUUGAUUCAGCAAAAGCCCGUGUCCUCCACACCACGGUAACUUCCAUCUCUCUGCAGCAAUCAGGUAAUAAAGCUCUUUACCAAGUGAAAUAUGAAAAUGAAAAUGAAGGUGGUUAUGACUUCUAUGAUAUUGUAGUCAUUGCAACUCCUUUUCAUCGUGAAACUACAAGCAUCACCUUCAAUGCUUUUACACCACCUAUCACACCAUUUCCAGGUCAAUAUAAACAUCUAAUUGUUUCUGUAGUUCAUGGUUACCUUAAUUCCUCAUAUUUUGGAUUCCCAGACCCCAAACUGUUCCCUUAUGCAGUAAUUCUAACAGUAGAAAGUCCAAAACUAUUUACAUUUAGCACAGCGAGUAUUUGCCCAGUGAAUAUCACCACUAAUUACCGGAGAAAACAACCACAGGAAGCAGCAGUAUGGAAAGUCUUCUCUGCAAAACAACUUACUAAAGAACAACUGAAAACUAUCUUUCGCUCGUACUACUCUGUGCAGGUCACUGAUUGGCUGGCAUAUCCUGAACACAACUCUGGUAAAGGGAUCCCUCCCAUAAUUCUUCAUGACAACCUGUACUACUUGAAUGGUAUUGAGUGGGCAGCAAGUGCCAUGGAAAUGAGUGCCAUUGGUGCCAAAAACAUAGCCUUGUUAGCGUACAAUCGGUGGAACCAGCAUCUGGAUAUGAUUGAUCAGAAAGACUUGGUACAUAAAAUCAAAACUGAACUGUGAGCAAGGACACAGACAAUUUAAAGCUGAAUUUCUUACUGUACUUGAACCUGUGAAUUUGAACUUUGAGUGCAACAUACUCAAUUUCUCUAAUCUAAUGGUAACAAAUACAGAAUUAAAUCAUGUUAAUGAA